UUAGGAGUACAUAACAUAGCAAGUGAAAGCAGUGAGCUCCGUCGGUCGGUGACUUUUGUGAUCGGCUGAAGCUAGCAGAGAUGGCAGUUUCUUCUGGCCGCGCGGCAGCGUCCGCCGCCCUCCUCCUUCUCCUCCUCCUCACCACAGAGCUGGGGACGACGACAGUGGCGGGGGCGGGGGAGAGGACCUGCAAAUCGCAGAGCCACAACUUCAAGGGGGAGUGCACGAGCACGACCAACUGCGCCAGCGUGUGCAAGACUGAGGGCUUCCCCGACGGCAAGUGCAAGUCGCACUACUUCGUGCGCAAGUGCUUCUGCAUCAAGGACUGCUGACCGGCUAGCGCUCCGCAGACCGGCGAUCGACCUCCGCUUCUUCUGUUC